UUUUUUUUUAUUUGUAACUGAAUUAUGAAAGUUUUAAUAUCAAAUGAUGAUGGACCACCAAGUCUUAAGGAGUCACCCUUUAUUUUACCUUUUAUUGAGCAUUUAGAAAAGCUUGGUUGGGAUGUUAGGGUUUGCUUACCUGAUAGUCAAAAGUCUUGGAUUGCUAAAUCAUUUAUGAUUACAGAAGAAGUUCAGUUACGUUACUACAAUAGAAAGACAAAAGAAAUAACGAUUGAAAAAGAAAAUGAUAAUGAUUUUUAUUUGUUAAGUGGCACACCAGCUACAUGUGUUAAUAUUGCAUUAAAUCAUUUAUUUAAAGACGAAGAAUUUGAUCUGGUUAUAAGUGGUCCCAAUUUUGGUAGAAACUUUUCAAAUAUAUUUACGCUUGCUUCAGGAACAGUGGGUGCAGCUAUGGAAGGUGUUUUAAAUAAGCAAAAAGCAGUGUCAGUCUCAUUCUGUUUCUGUAAUCAAAGACCAGAAUGUAUAAAGAAUUGUUGUGAAACAGCCAGUGAUAUUAUUGAACAUUUAUACAGCCUCUCUGAUAACGAUCAUAUUCCAUGGCCCGAAAAUGUGAUGUAUAACGUUAAUAUUCCUAUGGUCGAAUAUCGUUGUCCUAUUCAUAUUACUGAUUUUCACAAGACAAAUUACGGUUCCUUAUUUAAAAGAGUUGAGGACAAAAUAGGAAAAAAUCGAUUUAUAUUUUCCCCUGAUUUUACAGCAAACCAUAAUAAACCAGAUGGUUUACCAGGCACAGAUAAAUGGGCUUUAAUGAAUAAAUAUGUCUCAGGUAAGGAUAAUAUACAUUUAUAUUUAUAGAAAUGCCUACAAUCUAUUUUAAUUCUAUUUCAUUUCCCAGUUACUCCUAUGGUUGCAGCUUUCCAAACUGCUAUCUUAAAUGAUAUUGAUUAUGGGUUUGAUGCCUUAAAUAAAAAGGCGUUUUCUUCUAUAUCAC